AUGUCCCACGGCGCCGACAUCACGCCGGACGACCGCCGGGUGACCGAAGCCCCAUACUCCUCCCGCUCGGAAGAGCUGUCGGGCUCGCUGUCGCCGCAGGAUCCCAGAUGCACGACUGUCCAGACGCGGUCGCGGACGCAGAUCCUGGUGGCCCGCUCGCCCAGCCGCCUGCCGUAUAUGGCCGUGUGCAGCGUGGGCCUCCUAAUGGUCGCCGUCGGCGUCGCCGUGACGACCUACAAGUUACAUGCAGGCGAUGCGAUCAUGGACCUCUUCAACCGCUCCAUGGAGCUGCUUCGACGCGGAAGCAACGGAUCGGUGAGCAGUGGCGGCGACGAGAACAUCCUGGCUGGAGCGGAUGCGAGCUACCUGGUCAAACACAAAAGAAAGGUCCUCGGCACCCAAUCCACCUGCAAGGGUGACGUGUGCCUGUGGGCCGAAAGCUACCUGCGCGGCCGGCUGAACUCUACUGUCAACCCGUGCACCGACUUCUAUGCACAUGUCUGCUCACGGCAUUGGACGGCGCUCGACUUGGAUGUCCAGUCGAGGGCGUACAGGGAACGAGCCGCAGGCAUGAUGAUGACCGACAUCGAGAAGUUCUUCCGGGACUACUUAAAAGAAAACGAAGACCACUACCACAAGUACCCGGGUGUGUUCUUGCACCAAGCCAUCUCGCUGCUGCCAAAGUGCGAGUCUGAAGAAAAGAGUGACAAGAACUUCACGACGUUGCGAAGCCUCCUGGCAGAGUACAACCUUGGUAGCUGGCCCUACAAGAAAGCACCACGGGGUGCAAACAUCGUCACUGUCUCUGCUUACGUGGACCGUGACCUCGGCGUCUUUCCGUUUGCCAGAGUAUUCCUCCGGAGGCCUUUCGAAGACGAUCGAGGCUACACUGUUCACAUCGACGCACCGAGCCUAACAAUGAGGAGGUACAAUCUAGCGUACCUCGACGAAGCGCCAGAGAACUUCACUCGAAAGGUAGCCACUGCGUUGUCACUCUUCGACCAAAAGCAAAACGUGUCUGAACAAGUGGAGGCCAUUGUCCACCUUGAGAAGAGACUCCACAGCAUUAUGGGUGCGCCGCACUUCAUUGAGUUCCAGGACCGGACCAAACGCGUGGGGCAGCUCGAUCACACAGGAAAGUGGGAUUGGAAAGACUACUUCGCCAUCCUAUUUCAGGACAUAGAAACAUUCCGAAAUGACAAGCCAGUGGCUCUUAUGAAUCAUGAGUACAUCAGCAAGCUUUCCGCCAUCAUCAACGAGACAGACACAGUAACCCUUCUGAACUACGUUGGCUACCGUCUCGUGGUGCAUCUGUCUCCGCUGCUCGCCAAGGCUGCAAGUCCUCUGCUGCGUUUGAGCCACGACGACUAUCUGGAGUCUAUCCCAGAUCGGCGUCAAGCUUGCAUGCACUUACUGGAACGGCUCUACAGGCACGGCAUGCGUUUCUUCGGCCGGAUGACGUUCAGCAAAAGCAACUCGACGUUGCUGUUCAAGCACUAUGACUACAGCCUGUCUGGCCUCGAAGUACAAUUGAAGAGCAGCAUGACGGAUCGCCUUCUGUCAUCCUCGUCGUGGCUGGACCGUUCUGCAAUUGGCAUUGGCGUUGACAAGAUCGAGAACAUGCGCUUCGUCUUCUUGGGUAGCACAGACGACAUCAACACAAUCGCGAGCUACUACAACUUCAAUGCUCCACCGCUCGACCCAAGCCACUUGAUCGGCAGCUUCCGAGAACUGCAGGCAAGUACCAUGAACACUUACUGGGAGACAAAGCCUCCGAAUGACGACCUCGACGCAAGGUACGACCACACGGCCCUGUCACCAGGACAUGAGUACUUCUUCGGCCGUAACGUUCUCUUCAUACCGCACGCUAACAUUGCCUUCCUCAACGACAUCAGCAAGAGCAUCGAACCGAUUCUCUUCCCUCUAAUCCUGGCCGAAAUCUUCCGAGGCAUGUUUGGAGCCGUGGACAGGCGCGGAGCAACCGUGGACCACAACCUCGCAGUGGCCACUUGGUGGAACGCUGACGAGAUGAGCAAGUUCUCACAACUGGAACUCUGCUUCCAGGACCAGUACUACGUCGAGAUACGAGACCUCAUCGGGGACAACUUUGAGGCACGGUUAAGACUGGAGGAGAACCUCGCAGACAACGCCAUCAUGGGGCCGUUGCACGACAUGUACAUGAAGGUUCUGAUGUCCCAAGACGGGGCCGACAGGCUCAAGAUCACGGUGGACGAUCGGCAGCUGGACAUGGAACAGCUGUUCUUCAUUCUCUAUGCCGUGGGACUGUGCGACAAUCCGAACCGCGAUGCCUGGAUGCGGAAACUCAAGUUCGGCGACAUUCCCGGUCGGCUACGAGUCAACAUUCCGCUCAUGAACUUCGCGAAGUUCUCAGCUGCCUUCGGUUGUGCGGCGAGCAUGCCCAUGAACCCGACGCGCAAGUGCACCAUCUGGUGA